AUGGGCAAUCUUUGCUGCCCUGCUGCUGCGCCGUCGCCAGUCAUCGUGCACAUUUAUGAUGUUACUGGCACAGCGCCCCUGAAGGUUGUUAAUGAGGUCUUGCGCCCUUUUGGCACGGGUGCCUUCCACGCUGCCGUGGAAGUUCAUGGAAGGGAGUGGAGCUACGGGCAGACGGUGAGGGGUCAUGGAAUAUUUGAAAACCAGCCGGGAGAGUGCCAAGAGCACUCAUACCGGGAGGCGAUUCACAUGGGCUACACAGACUUUUCCCCUUUCGAAGUGCAGAGUCUUAUUUCCGAGAUGGCCAAGCGCUGGCCGGGUCGCGAAUACAAUGUGCUGAACAAGAACUGCUGUCACUUCAGCGAUGAGCUGUGCCAACUUCUCGGAGUUGGACAGCUCCCCUCUUGGGUUUUGCCCUGA